AUGAAUAUUUCAGUACCAAGAGACUUCCAUCUCAUAGGAUUUUUCAACUCUAAAGAACAUCAUCAUAUUAUUUUUAUUGGUCUUUUGCUUAUGUACCUACUGGCUUUGGUUGGAAACAUGCUGAUUAUUGUCCUUGUAUGUCUGGUAUCCCAGCUGCACACCCCCAUGUACUUCUUUCUGUGCAACCUGGCAGUCCAAGACAUUAUCUCUGUCUCUGCCAUCCUGCCCAAGCUGAUGGUCAUGAACUUUAUAGGGGAAAGGAGCAUUUCUUUUUAUGGCUGCAUAACACAACUAUUUCUUUACAUAUCUUGCAAUGAUGGUGAUUUUCUCUUGCUGGCCACCAUGGCUUAUGACCGAUACGUGGCUAUUUGUGUCCCUCUACGUUAUCAACUCAUUAUGAAACCCAGGUUCUGCAUCCUGCUGGUGACAACAUCAUGGAUGUUCUGUGCCACCAAUGCAAUGUGUUUUGCUUUGCUUAUAUCUCAUUUGUCAUUUUGCAGGCUUAUUAAUAUAAAUCAUAUAUUUUGUGAAAUCAUAUCCUUGGUGGAGCUUUCCUGCAGUGAUACAAGCCUCAUAAAGGCAUUAAUAACAGCUGAUGUACCAUUAAUUGGAAUUUUUCCAUUUGGGUUGAUCCUAACAUCUUAUGUAUACAUCAUAUAUACCAUCCUGAAGAUGAGAACCUUGGCUGCAAGGCUAAAGACGUUCUCCAGCUGUUCUUCACAUCUCACUGUUGUAUUACUGUAUGGUUGUACAUGCAUCAGUUUAUAUAUGAAACCAGUCUCAGAAAACUCUCAAGAAGUAGACAAGAUGCUUUCCCUGAUUUACUUGGGUUUUAUUCCAGUGUUAAACCCAUUGGUGUACAGCCUCAGAAACAGACAGGUUCAGUCUUCUGCAAAAAUUGUGUUUACCAAAUAUCUAUUGAAUUCUCUGUACAAUGGAUAG